AUGCGCUUCCUCCAGAGCCUGACCUCGGUCCUGGCCACAAUAUGUCUCCUCGGGGCGACCUCUGUUGACGCCAAAUCCAGAUCGAGGAAUCCCCUCAACUACCUCACACUCAUUGAAUCACCACGAAUAGAAACACCUGCUGGAAGAGUGAACGCAUACUCCAGCUUCGACCUCACCUUCGACCUACAUAGACAUUCACAGCACAUCCGAUUAUCAUUAGAGCCGAAUCAUGAUAUUCUCCACGAAGACGCUCACGUCGAGAUUCUGGACAAGGACGGCAACAUCAAGUAUGCCGAAAAGAUCAACCGCAUGGAUCACAAAGUCUACCAGGGCCAAGCGUUCUUAGUCGACGACAACGGGAACUCGAAUCAUGUUGGUUGGGCACGUAUCACCGUGGCACGCGACGGAGUCGUGCCAUUGUUUGAGGGCGCCUUUACCAUUCUACGGGAUCAUCAUCACAUCAGCAUGAAGACGAACUAUAUGCGGACGAAGCACGUCCAAGAUCCCCUCAUCGAGGAGCACGAGGACGAGUACAUGGUCAUGUGGCGAGAUUCCGAUAUCAGCCAAGACCCUGUUCACACUGAGCUACGAAAGAGAGAAGACGGAUUGCUGAGCUGCAGAUCUGAUUUGCUUGACUUCAACCGAGAUCUAAGCCAACCUGUGUACACUCGGAUGCUGAAACGAGACGAAGGAUACUGGGGCGCCAUGCCCAUCUCAAACAUCCUCGGGAAACGACAAAAUAUUGACGGUGGUGGAGCUGGAAACGGAAAUUCUGGCCUGAGCAAUUUGAGGGAUAACAUCGGCAACACAGCUGGGUGCCCAACAACUCGAAAAGUAGCAUUGGUCGGUAUUGCCACCGACUGCACCUACACUGCAGAUUUCAACUCGACAGAUUCGGUCCGGCAGAACAUUAUCAACCAGGUCAACACCGCCUCAGACCUGUACCAGUCAACUUUCAAUAUCACCCUUGGUCUAAGGAACCUCACAGUGUCGGAUGCCGAGUGUCCAGGAACGGCCUCACAACAAGCACCUUGGAAUAUUGGCUGUAACGGCGGCACUAUAACAGACCGCCUGAACACCUUCUCCCAGUGGCGCGGAUCUCGAGGCGAUUCCAAUGCGUAUUGGUCGCUAUGGACAACAUGCAACACUGGUGCCGAAGUCGGUCUCGCCUGGCUGGGUCAGUUGUGUAAUGCCGGCGCCACUUCACAAGGCUCGGGUAGUAACGCUCAGACCGUGACUGGCGCCAACGUUGUUGCUCGGACCCCGACCGAAUGGCAGGUCUUCGCGCACGAGACCGGACAUACCUUCGGCGCUGUGCAUGACUGCGACUCAAGUGCCUGCCAGGAUUCAAAUUUUGUCAAUUCUGGCCAAUGCUGUCCGCUCUCGUCAAGUGUGUGUGACGCCAACGCCAAAUACCUCAUGAACCCGUUCUCUGCAAGCGGCAUCACCGACUUUUCGCCUUGCUCCGUUGGCAAUAUUUGUCAGGCCAUUCUGCGCGGCUCGGUCACUUCGAGUUGUUUGACCGACAACAGAGAUGUUACCGUUAUUACCGGGAACCAGUGCGGUAACGGCAUCGUUGAGGCAGGCGAAGAUUGCGACUGCGGCGGUACCGAAGGUUGUGCUGGAAACGCCUGCUGCAAUCCGCAGACCUGCAAAUUCAACACGGGCGCUUUCUGCGACCCGUCCAACGAAGGAUGCUGCACAAGUCAGUGUCAAUUCGCAGGUGCUGGCACUGUCUGCCGUGCAUCUACCAGUUCAUGUGAUCCACAAGAAGUCUGUCCGGGUAACAACGGCACAUGUCCUCCAGACUCGAACUCCGCUGAUGGCUCCGAUUGUGGUAACGGUCUGAAGUGCGCCAGCGGUCAAUGUACGUCUCGAGAUCUGCAAUGUCGCACAGUCAUGGGUUCUUAUACAGCCGACAACGACACCUACGCGUGUAAUUCACAGACAUGCCAGCUAUCCUGUGCGUCACCAGAUUUCGGAGCAAAUACCUGCUACAGUAUGAGACAGAACUUCCUGGACGGCACAGACUGCGGUGGUGGUGGCAAAUGCAACAACGGCGUCUGCAGUGGAAGCAGUGUUGGUGGCCAAAUAUCGUCGUUCUUCGACGAUAACAAGAAUUGGCUCAUUCCGGUCAUUGCUGUACUGGGAGGCCUCCUUGUCAUCGCAAUCCUGAGCUGUAUAGUUCGAUCAUGCCGCCGACGGAGAAGACGGCCAGCUAGGAAACCGAUCUCUCCUGCCAUGCGCCAGAGCCGAAAUGGUGGGUGGAACGGGCCUCCCAUACCGCCACAGUAUAAUGCUGGAGGCUACGGCAGUCCUCCGCCUCCGGCCCAGCAACAGUCCUGGGGCUAUCCGGCGCCGAGCUAUCCAGCACCGCCAGCCCCCGCUUACAACACAAACUAUGGGCCCCGAGGAAGUGUCAGCGCCGUGCCAAAGCCUGGAUCUCUGAGCUUCAGCAGACGCACAGGUCUGAUCACUUCGCUCACAGUUGAUGAAGAUGGGUUUCCGGAUCCGGAGGAAGACGUCGCUCCUGAAGCCAGAAUUGACCUACAUGGCCAGAUUCUCGCUCCGGGGUUUCUAGAUCUGCAGACGAAUGGCAUGGCUGGUGUGCACUUCACUACUCUUGCUUCCAGAUCACACGAGGGUCAAGGCGAGGAUGAUGUCGCCCGUCUGCAGAAGUGUGCGAGACUGCUUGUCUCAUCUGGUACGACAGCUUUUUGGGCGACCAUUCCGACUGUGCCGCGUGAGAGGUGGCGGGAGAUCCUGCCUAGCCUGCAGGCCAGAGAAUUUAGGAACGUGGAUGGCAAGCUGGAGGGAGCAACGUUGAUUGGAGCACAUUGUGAAGGUCCGUACCUUGCACCGGAGAAGAAGGGAGCUCAUGCGGCUGAGUAUAUGCUCUUGCCUGCGGGGGACUCCUCGAGGUCAGCUUAUGAUCAGGGAGUUUCCAAAGCCAACACUACUGCUCAGCAUGAGCCAAGGUUCGUCGACUACGAGGUUUUGUACGGAAGCACAAACCUCACGGACAACAUCAAGAUGAUCACCAUUGCACCCGAGCUGCCGCACGCGCUCGACAUGAUCACUUCGCUGCAGCAGAAAUACCCACAGAUCCGCAUCGCGAUUGGACAUACUACAGCUACGUAUGCUCGAGCAAGUGCUGCUAUCGCGGUGGGAGCAACGAUGAUCACUCACACCUUCAACGCCAUGAACGGCUGGACGGGUCGCGACCCUGGUGUUGCUGGUUUGAUGCUCGAGGAAGAGCGGCAGGUUUACUACUCGACUAUAGCGGAUGGCGUUCAUCUUCAUCCAUUGACUCUCGGUCUGGCUAUCAAAUUAGGUCUGGAUCAGGAUGGGCUUGGUGGAGGCCGGUGUAUAGGCAUCACGGAUGCGAUCGAGCUUGCUGGACUUCCAGAUGGAACGUACGAGGGCAACGAACAGAUUGUGGGGAGGCAAGUGAAGAUUGGGAAUAAGGUUGUGAAGGAGGGCACUGGUACGCUGAUUGGGAGUUGCGUGCUUCUGGAUAGCGUGGUGCGGGAGAUGACGAAGAUUGCGCCCGACAUCAGGAGGGAAAAGCCGGAGACGAGCAGUCGGGAAGCUGAGGAGCGGAAGUUGGUCAUUGCGGUCAAGGCGGUAAGUCAGAAUGUGGCAGAUAUGAUGGGCGAGGCUCACAGAGGUCGCCUGGAGGUCGGGCGGCGCGCGGACUUUGCUGUGUUGGACUACAAUGAAAGUGCUGGUGAGGACAAAAUCGGUGUUACUGGAACUUGGAUAGGUGGCUGGAAGGUCUUCGGUCGUGGCGAUGCGCACAACAUUGGCGCCGAUAAUGGCCGUGCUCAGUCUGGGAAAGGCUGA